CCUCAAUCAAAAGUUCCCUUACCCAGACGAAACAAAUCCACUAUGGAGCGCAUCUGUGCCGAGUGCGCCCGCGCCCUUCCACGGACCUCUUACACUGGCAACCAGUGGUCCAAAGGAGAAGGGCUGUCUCGAUGCGCGGCAUGCGUGCAUGGCCACUACUCCGACACUCCCGCAGCUGCGCAGUCCGAUAGCGGCCGUUACAAUAGAUCCAGCCGCGCAACGUUCACGGAUGAUGCUUUGAACAACCCUUUUGCCGAGGGCGCCUUCCGCUGGGUUGCCAAAGGCAGAUACACCAGGGGCGAGCGCCAGGGCCAGGCCUGCGUGGCGAAGUGGUUCAAGACGGGCGUCGUGUUCGAAAGCGACUACUUCACACUCGACAUCAAGGCGAUCGACAAGGCCCUCGAGAUCGUCAACCGCUUCAACGAGCUCGGCAUUGUUAACAAGCCCGUCAAGAUCAACGUGCCGGAGGUCUGGACCUUUGACGAGGAUGCGGCUUACGAAUGGGCUGGCGCGAAAGUUCUGUGCGAACCCUUCAUUCAAAAUUACCAGAAGUUCAACAGCAACAGCGGGUGGAACGACGACUCGCGAGCAUGGGGUGAGGUGAUGCAGGCACUGAGCCACUUCAGCUACCACAUCACCGGCGGCAACCACGUUCUCUGCGACCUGCAGGGCGGAAUCUACCAGUAUAGCGUAGUCCUGUCCGACCCCGUCAUCUUGUCCCGUACCCGCCAGUACGGGGUGACCGAUCUCGGCCCACCCGGCAUCAGCUCAUUCUUCAGCCAGCAUUCUUGCAACAGAUACUGCCGCCCCAAUUGGACCCAACCUGCCAACCCACGGCAAUACUUCACUCCGGUCCGCGGCACCACCAUGAUCGGUCGGUCCGUGUCGACCGCCUUUUCGAGACCCCGCAACACUUACUAUUAUGGCUGAAAUGCUCAACUUAUGACGGAGCAGUGGCCACAUUGUUCUCUCAAGAGGACGAAACGAGAAAUCCACACAUGUCGUUUUCGCCAAAUCGCAGUC